GUUACCCAUGUGGCAGCCUGGGGGUGCCAAGCAUGGAGCAGAAAUUCCACCGGAAACUUUCCUGGCCUCCGGCAAGCGCUAAAGCAAAGAACGUUCAUAGGCACCAUAUCAGUGACCUAAUGAAGCUGUGGAGGAAGAAGACGCAGACCCCGGUACACUCCUCAUACAGAGCGUCUCUCCGGGAGUGUGUGAGCCUUCUGCACGAGUUUCUUGGUUGUUCCCAAAAUAUUCCCAGGACGUGCGGGUGUCGGGAGUCUUCCAUGCAGCAUUCAUAUUCUUCAGACGCGUUUCUCCACCCAGUGUUCCAGUUCCUUGGACAGCGUGAAGAGCUCUCUGGUCUAUAUGGGGGUUCAGGAUCUCCUGGUGAUCUGCUCAGUGAGCUGUUCUUCCAGCUGGAAUCUACCUGCUGCUGGCGCAGACUCUUCGCAGAAGCUCCCCGGUUACAGGAACUCUUACCGGUAUACAGUACAACAUGGAUGCCGGGUCCCCGCCAGAUGCAGUAUUCCUGUGGAAAGCGCUGGGCAGCGGAGCCGGAGCACAGGGUUUCUUGUCAGAGUCCUGUGGGCAAGAGCCAGACAUGCCACAAUCAUUGUACGCCGGGCAGGAGGCCUCAGGAGCACGGGACAGACUUCCCAGCUGAAUGCCUGUAUAACCUGAGCCAGGCCAGGUGCAAAGACUUAACCGAGAAGGAUGUGCGGUCCGACCAAAGACCGAGACGGGGAUAUUUGGUCUCAAUCCGGGAGCUGAAGAACUCUCUGAAGACUGACUUGGAGGACCACCAGCUCUACCUCAUGGAUAUAGAGUCCCGUUUGUGUGGCCUGGAGCGCCGAGCGCAGGACGUAACACGACAUCUGGAGAGAGCCAAUCUAGAGCUGAAAGCCAUUAAACAAGGAAGCGUCUCAUCGAGGACUCUUGUGGGUCAGCGGAGGUCUUCCCUGGUGAGCAGUGAUCUAGAGAAGAUGGAGGAGUGGGACCUUCACGUCCUGGACAGUCCCUGGGAACAGUGGGCGUGGAACGUGGACGUACUGUGGUCAGACAGGUUGCGGUGUGAUGAGACUCCGCCUUCACAGAAUAAACGUCGCAGAGCGGAGGACCCUGCUCACAGACCUGACCGGGGACGCCCGGCAGAUGGCGCCAGGAGCUGCUGGAGCCACAUACAGACUGGCAUCUCCCUGUGCCAGGACAAGGUUAAUGUACUUAUACAGCAGGUCACUCGGCAAAUCAACCGGACUGAGACCGAUCUAAACGCCACGCGGACCUAGAGGAGACGGAGGGGGGGGUGAGAAGAGGACAACGCCCCAAUGCUGCCAGUGUGUGGCCCCAAUAUUAAUUACUCAUUAUUUAUUAAUAAACUAUUAUCAGCACAAA